AUGAAUGCUAUCUUAAAAAGAUUUUUGCGUUUUCAAAUGCCGUUCUCAAAUAAUUUCGGUCAAAAACGUUUCAAAAAAACUGCAAUUGGUGAUCCAGUCGAUAUUGCAACAGGCCUAGAAAAGCGUUAUUUAUUGGCCCAAUUGGCCGGAAAUUUAAACCCGUUUUGCCUGUUGAUGCUUGAACGGGGUCCCGCCACCAAAUGCCAACCCCACGAAAUACCUUCCGCCUACGAUCGAAGAAUAAUUGGAUGCGUUUGUGAAUGUGAAUCCUGUUCAAUUACUUACAUGUGGUUGCACAAGGAUGCUCCUAAAAGGUGCGAGUGUGGGUAUUGGUUUAAAUUAGUUCAGGUUCCACCAGUUUAA